AUGGCCAGUGUCCGUACUUUCAAGAAAGGCGCCGAGCUUGCUGCCGCGAGAGCAGCCGUCCUUCACACACCCCGCGCCUCUAUCAGCUCCACACUUCUGCGGCGGGAGCUAUCGACUGCCUCGGUGCGGUCUGCAGUCCGUGUGCCCAGCAAGAGAAUUGCCAUUCCAGCUGUGAAUACACAGGCAAAGCCCCAAAUCGUUCGAUAUGCGUCCAGCUCGUCCGAGCCCCUGAGCAAGACUCAGCUCUUCGCCUUGCAUGAAGCUCACGGCGCUAAGAUGGUCCCCUUUGCUGGGUUCUCCAUGCCCCUCCAGUAUGCCGACUUGAGCCAUGUUGAAAGCCAUGCGUGGACUCGUGAGAAGGCCAGUUUGUUCGAUGUCAGCCAUAUGGUGCAACACCACCUGAGCGGACCCGGUGCUCUCGAGCUUCUGAUGAAAAUCACCCCGUCAUCCCUCGAUAAACUCGCACCCAACACCUCUACCCUCUCUUGUCUCUUGGAAGAAGAGACUGGUGGCAUUGUGGACGACACCGUUAUUACCCGCCGCGGCGAAGACACCUUCUACUUCGUCACCAACGCCGGCCGUCGUACAGAGGAUCUGGCCUUUUUGCGGGCCGAGAUCGAUGCAUACCGCUUCAGAAACGGCUCCGACAGCAUCAAGUGGGAUAUCCUCGAGGACCGCGCGCUCGUCGCUCUGCAAGGUCCCCAGGCCGCCAGUGUCCUGCAGCCCCUCAUCAACUCCGCCAACGCCUCAGCCGCCGAGACCGACCUGAGCACCCUCUACUUCGGUAACUGCCGUGAGCUGCACCUCACUCUCCCCGAUGGCUCCGCUACUCCUUCUCCCCUUCUUAUUUCCCGAACCGGCUACACCGGCGAAGACGGCUUCGAGAUCUCCAUCCCAACUUCCGCCUCCGCUACCCUCCCCGAACAGGUAGUGAACCUUUUCCUCCAAAACAAGGAUAAGGUUCGCCUUGCCGGUCUCGCUGCCCGAGACUCCCUCCGUCUCGAAGCUGGUAUGUGUCUCUACGGCCAUGAUAUCUCCACCGAGCAGACUCCCCCCGCCGCUGCUCUGGGAUGGGUCGUCGGCCGUGACCGCCGCGAUGCCGCAACCGCUACUUUCAACGGUGCCUCCGCUAUCCUGCCCCAGCUCUCUAGCCCCGCCAAGACACUCAAGCAGCGCCGUGUCGGUCUAACCGUUGAGAAGGGCUCGCCAGCCCGCGAGGGUGCUGUCGUCGUUGACCUCUCUGAUCCUGCCAACCCUGUUGAUAUUGGAAUUGUUACUUCUGGUCUGCCCAGUCCAUCUCUUGGUGGUGCUAACAUUGCCAUGGCAUAUGUGAACCAAGGCUUCCACAAGAAGGGAACCGAGGUUGGUGUCAAGGUUCGCAACAAGGUGCGUAAGGCCAGUGUUGUUGGUAUGCCUUGGAUUGAGAGCAAGUUCCACCGUCCUUCUUAA